AUGGGCAGCAUCACGGACAACGGCUCCGGCGGGUACUACGGCUACAGGGCGAGCAAGACGGCGCUCAACAUGCUGACCAAGAGCCUGGCGGUGGACCUCGAGAAGGAGAAGAUCGGGUGCUUGCUGCUGCACCCGGGGUACGUCAACACGGCCAUGGUGGGCUUCACGGGCUCCGUGUCGUCCGAGGACAGCGUCAAGGGCCUGACCAAGAUCAUCGCCCGCGCCAAGAUCGAGGACUCGGCCAAGAUGUUCCACUUCGAGAAGGGCGACGUCCUGCCCUGGAAAUGCCACGGUGAAACUCCAGUCCAUUUCGAGCUCAACCGCCGCGAUGAUCGCAUUCUAGUGCACUUCCCUAAAUUCGUCACUGAUCCCUAACAUGGCGGCGUUGCCUCCGCUCGCAGGCCAAAGCGAUGAGCUGCGUGACCCUACGCUGGAAGAGCUGUAUACAGGCCCCGCGCGUGCGCUUCCCGAUGAGAUCCAACAGCUUCCCGGUCGCCGACCUCGUUGCUCAGCCGAGAAGAGUUGGGUGCCGUUGCGGUGGGCGUCGGGGGCACGACCUUGUUGUUGUGAACAGUUUCUUGUCGGUGGAAGAUGCCCCAGAACUGCUGCAUGGCCUCCGCCCCCAUGUAGUUGGCCGGCACGGGCGGCUCCGACGACGCGCCGCCUUCCGUGUAGUCGCCGACGGCUCCAUUGACUCCAGCGGGGACGGCGGCC